AUGGCAGCUUGGCCGCGGAACCUCUGGAACAAUUGGUCCAUCCAGCUCGUCCUGGUGCUCCUCAGCCUCGGCCUCCAGCUCGCCCUCUUCCUCUUCGCCGGGAUCCGUAGGCGUGGAGCCCAUCGUGUGCUGCGGUUCCUGCUCUGGCUGGCGUAUCGGCUGGCCGACUACACUGCGACGUACGCCCUUGGCCACCUUUCCCUCAAGGGCGCGCCACGUGAGCACCCGAUCGUCGCGUUCUGGGCGCCAUUCCUCCUGCUUCACCUCGGAGGCCCGGACAACAUCACCGCCUACUCCCUGGAGGACAACAAGCUCUGGAAGCGUCACCUGCUACACGCCGUACUUCAGGUGUUGGCAGCGGUGUAUGUCCUCUAUGAGCAUAUUUCGGCAAGGGGCGCGUUGCUCCGGCUUGCCUUCAUUUUGAUGUUCGCCGUCGGUGCCGUCAAGUACGGCGAGAAGACGUGGGCGCUCAUGUGGGGCAACCUGGACAGCAUCCGGGGAUCCGUCAAGAAGCAACCACCUGCCAUGCAUAGACAUUUCCACCCCCAUGAUGAAGUGUUCAAGGAUGGAGUGUUGGACGAGGAAUCCCUUGUGCGACGAGCACACUCCCUCUUCCACAUCUGCAAGCGUGCCAUAGUUGAUUGUCCGGUCAUCGAAGAUGAUUCACACGGCCACGACACGACCAGAAUGGUGGCCCGGGUCAAGUUUUGUCGAUUGAUGGAGACCGAGCUCUCCCUCAUGUACGACAUGCUGUACACCAAGGCGCCAGUCAUCCACACCUGGUUCGGCUUCACGGUACGUCUUAUCUCACCGCUCGCCAUUGUCGGCUCACUGCUGCUGUUUAAGCUCAUUGGCAAGGACGGCCACCGCGGAGUUGACGUCGUCAUCACUUAUGCCUUGUAUGGUGGCGCCUUGUUCAUGGAGACGACAUCGCUGCUGAACGCGCUAGGCUCCUCCUGGACAUUCGCCUUCCUGAGUACCACGAGAUGUCGCUGGCUUCGAUACGCAGCUCUGUGCAAUGAAAGGUGGGACAGACUUAGACGUUUGGUUGCAUAUCUUCACCAUCUUGUGAGGGUAGGAGGAGGAAGCCGGUACAGAUCAAGAAGGUGGUCACGUACCAUGGGCCAGUACAACAUGCUGCACUUCUGCACUCGCUCCGACGUCGGCAAUGGAUUAUUCACAAGGCCUCUGCUCAGCAAGUUCGCCAAGAUGGUGGGACUGGGACUCAAUGAGUGGUGGAACAUGGAGCACUACUCAUGGACCAUUGAGAUGCCCAACCAUGUCAAGGAUUAUAUCUCUAGGCACAUGACAAAAAUGUACAUGGAAGGGGGUGUGAACUCACUAGGCAUGCUCAGGAACAGGUGGGGCGAGGAGCCAUUGGUUCGUGAGGAGCUAUUCCAUGGCAUACUCAAAGACUCGCUCGGUGUGGAGUUCCAGGAGUGCAUCAUCAUCUGGCACAUCGGCAGCGAUGUUUUCCUCGCCAAGAGACAGCGGGCUAAGGACGAAGAUGCAUCGCUCGACGUCGAGGCGAUCAAGGUGAUAUCCAACUACAUGAUGUUCCUCCUUGUGGAACAACCCGACAUGCUGCCAGGCCUCUCCCAGAACAGGUUGUAUCAACGAACCUGUGAAAAUCUAGUCAAAACCAGACGGUCGACGACUUCUAGGCGCCAACGCAUGAACCUCUGUGCUAAGCCCAAGAAUCUAUUCGGCCUGCACGAUGACCCCAGUUCUAGUUCCAGGGUCGCCGACAGAGAGGAGCUUGCGAAAAUCCUAUGCGAUGAGUACGCGACCAAAGGCUUCAGCCAUGACGCUCCUCGACUCCCCUAUGUAGCAAAACUUGCCAAGCACCUGCUAACGAUGGAGGAAGAUGGCACGGUCGAUUCGGUGAAACUUGUCCUUGAUGUGUGGACGGACAUUCUUGUCUAUGCAAGCAACAAAUGCAGCAGGAAGGCUCAUGCCGAGAAGCUCAACAGUGGCGGCGAGUUGACAACCAUCCUCUGGCUUAUGGCCGAACACUUCUACCAACUUUAUUUGGAGGGCCUUAUCCAGAAAGAGAAAAAUAACUUACCUGUAGAAGGCACCAAUCAGGCAGGGACAUGA